CCCGUUUCCUGCCGGGCGGCGCGACGGCACCUGAGCUACUGCGGCGGCGGCGCCUCGGAGAGGGCGGCCCGGGCUGUAGUGCCCGCGCCGCCGCGUCUUCCCGGUCUCCUUCCCCGGCUACGCAGGGUUUUAUAGGAUCACAUUAACAAAAGCACCAUGGAGUUUUAUGAGUCAACAUAUUUUAUUGUCCUUAUUCCUUCAGUAGUUAUUACAGUAAUUUUCCUCUUCUUCUGGCUUUUCAUGAAAGAAACAUUAUAUGAUGAAGUUCUUGCAAAGCAGAAAAGAGAACAAAAGCUUAUUCCUACCAAAACAGAUAAAAAGAAGGCAGAAAAGAAAAAGAAUAAAAAGAAAGAAAUCCAGAAUGGGAACCUCCAUGAAUCUGAUUCUGAGAGUGUACCCCGGGACUUUAAGUUAUCUGAUGCCUUGGCUGUAGAAGAUGAGCAAGUUGUACCUGUUCCACUGAAUGUAGUUGAAACUUCAAGUAGUGUCAGAGAAAGAAAGAAGAAAGAGAAGAAACACAAGCCCGUAGUAGAAGAGCAGGUCACCAAAGAAAGUGAUGUGUCAAAGACUCCAGGCAAAAAAGUAGAACCUGUCCCAGUUACUAAACAGCCCACCCCCCCCUCUGAAGCAGCUGCCUCAAAGAAGAAACCAGGACAGAAGAAGUCUAAAAAUGGAAGCGAUGAUCAGGAUAAAAAGGUGGAAACUCUCCUGGCACCUUCAAAAAAGCAAGAAUCAUUACCCCUCCAUCAAGAGACUAAACAAGAAAGUGGAUCAGGAAAGAAGAAAGUAUCUUCAAAGAAGCAAAAGGCAGAAAACGUCUUGGUAGAUGAACCCCUUAUUCAUCCAACUACUUAUAUUCCUUUGAUGGAUAAUGCUGAUUCAAAUCCUGUGCUGGAUAAGAGAGAGGUUAUUGAUCUAAUUAAAUCUGACCAAGUAGAAGGAAUACAGAAAACCGGGGCUAAAAAAUUGAAGACUGAAACUGACAAAGAAAAUGCUGAAGUGAAAUUUAAAGACUUUCUUCUGUCCUUGAAGACUAUGAUGUUUUCUGAAGAUGAGGCCCUUUGUGUUGUAGACCUGUUAAAGGAGAAGUCUGGUGUGAUACAGGAUGCUUUAAAGAGGUCAAGUAAAGGAGAAUUGACUGCACUUGUACAUCAGCUUCAAGAAAAAGACAAGUUACUUGCUGCUGUGAAGGAAGAUGCUGCUGCUAUUAAGGAUCGGUGUAAGCAGUUAACUCAGGAAAUGAUGUCAGAGAAAGAAAGAAGCAAUGUGGUUAUAGCAAGGAUGAAAGAUCGGAUUGGAACAUUAGAAAAGGAACAUAAUGUAUUUCAGAACAAAAUGCAUGUUAGUUAUCAAGAGACUCAGCAGAUGCAGAUGAAGUUCCAGCAAGUUCGUGAGCAGAUGGAGGCAGAGAUAGCUCACUUGAAGCAGGAGAAUGGCAUACUGAGAGAUGCUGUCAGCAACACUACAAACCAGCUAGAAAGCAAGCAGUCUGCUGAACUAAAUAAACUACGCCAGGAUUAUGCUAGGUUGGUUAAUGAGCUAACCGAGAAAACAGGAAAGCUACAGCAAGAGGAAGUCCAAAAGAAGAAUGCUGAGCAAGCAGUUACUCAGUUGAAGGUUCAACUACAAGAAUCUGAGAGAAGGUGGGAAGAAGUCCAGAGCUAUAUCAGGAAGAGAACAGCAGAGCAUGAGGCAGCACAACAAGAUCUACAGAGUAAAUUUGUGGCCAAAGAAAAUGAAGUACAGAGUCUGCAUAGUAAGCUCACAGAUACCUUGGUAUCAAAACAACAGUUGGAGCAAAGACUAAUGCAGUUAAUGGAAUCGGAGCAACAAAGGGUGACCAAAGAAGAGUCUUUACAAAUGCAAGUUCAGGAUAUUUUGGAGCAGAAUGAGGCUUUGAAAGCUCAGAUUCAACAAUUCCAUUCCCAGAUAGCCGCCCAGACCUCCGCUUCAGUUCUAGCAGAAGAGUUACAUAAAGUGAUUGCUGAAAAGGAUAAGCAGAUAAAACAGACUGAAGAUUCUUUAGCAAAUGAACAUGAUCAUUUAACAAGUAAAGAGGAGGAACUUAAGGAUAUACAGAAUAUGAAUUUCUUAUUAAAAGCUGAAGUGCAAAAGUUACAGGCCCUGGCAAAUGAACAGGCUGCUGCUGCACAUGAACUGGAGAAGAUGCAAAAAAGUAUUCAUGUUAAGGAUGAUCAAAUAAGAUUGCUGGAAGAACAGCUACAGUGUGAAAUUUCAAACAAAAUGGAAGAAUUUAAGAUUCUAAAUGACCAAAACAAAGCAUUACAAUUAGAAGUUCAAAAGCUACAGACUCUUGUUUCUGAACAGCCUAAUAAAGAUGUUGUGGAACAAAUGGAAAAAUGUAUUCAAGAAAAAGAUGAGAAGUUGAAGACUGUAGAAGAAUUACUUGAAACUGGACUUAUUCAAGUGGCCACAAAAGAGGAGGAACUGAAUGCAAUAAGAACAGAAAAUUCAUCUCUGACAAAAGAAGUUCAAGACUUAAAGGCAAAGCAAAAUGAUCAGGUUUCUUUUGCAUCUCUAGUUGAAGAACUUAAGAAAGUGAUUCAUGAAAAGGAUGGAAAGAUCAAGUCUGUGGAAGAGCUUCUGGAAGCAGAAGUUCUCAAAGUUGCUAACAAGGAGAAAACUAUUCAGGAUUUGAAACAGGAAAUAGAGGCUCUAAAAGAAGAAAUAGGAAAUAUCCAGCUUGAAAAGGCUCAGCAGUUAUCUAUCACUUCUCAAAUUCAGGAGCUUCAGAACUUAUUAAAAGGAAAGGAGGAACAGAUGAAUGCCAUGAAGACUAUUUUAGAAGAGAAGGAGAAAGACCUAGCCAAUCGAGGGAAAUGGUUACAGGAUCUUCAAGAAGAAAAUGAAUCUUUAAAAGCUCAUGUUCAGGAGGUAACACAACGUAACUUGAAAGAGGCAUGUUCUGCAUCACGACUUGAAGAACUUGAGACUGUGUUGAAAGAAAAGGAAAAUGAAAUGAAGAGAAUAGAAGCUAUACUAAAAGAGAGGGAGAGUGAUCUUUCUAGCAAAACAAAGCUGUUACAGGAAGUGAAAUUCUGGGUCAAAGGUUUAUGCACCUUCUUUUUCUUUUUGAAAAGAGUUAAUACAUUUUACAAAGCAUCAUCUGUUUGCUGUUUUUAUUUUGUAGUAAUAAAUAACCAUGUUCACUGUUUACCUACAAUGUUGCUAUGUGUAUUCAUGUUCUGGUUUAGAAUUUCAGAAAGAGAGAAGGAAAUAACUGGUCUUCAGAAUGAGUUAGAUUCUUUGAAGGAGGCUGUUGAACACCAGAGGAAGAAAAACAAUGACCUUCGGGAGAAAAACUGGGAAGCAAUGGAAGCAUUGGCAUCAACUGAAAAAAUGCUGCAGGACAAAGUGAACAAGACUUCCAAGGAAAGACAGCAACAUGUGGAAGCUAUUGAAUUAGAAGCUAAAGAAGUUCUCAAAAAAUUAUUUCCGAAGGUGUCUGUUCCUCCUGAUUUGAGUUAUAGUGAAUGGUUGCAUGGAUUUGAAAAGAAGGCACAAGAAUGUGUGGCUGAAACUUCAGGUUCAGAGGAGGUUAAGGUUCUAGAGCACAAGUUGAAAGAAGCUGAUGAAAUGCACAUAUUGUUACAGCUCGAGUGUGAAAAAUAUAAAUCCGUCCUAGCAGAAACAGAAGGAAUUUUACAGAAGCUACAGAGAAGUGUGGAGCAAGAAGAAAAUAAAUGGAAAGUUAAGGUCGAUGAAUCACAGAAGACUAUUAAACAGAUGCAGUUGUCAUUCACAUCUUCAGAACAAGAGCUAGAGAGAUUAAGAAGAGAAAAUAAAGAUAUUGAAAAUCUGAGAAGAGAACGAGAGCAUUUGGAAAUGGAACUAGAAAAGGCAGAAAUUGAACGAUCUACCUAUGUUACAGAAGUCAGAGAGCUGAAAGAUCUGUUGACUGAAUUGCAGAAAAAACUUGAUGAUUCAUAUUCUGAAGCAGUAAGACAGAAUGAAGAGCUAAAUUUGUUAAAGACACAGUUAAAUGAAACACUCACAAAGCUUAGAACUGAACAAAGUGAAAGACAGAAGGUAGCUGGUGACUUGCAUAAGGCUCAACAGUCACUGGAUCUUAUCCAGUCAAAAAUAGUAAAAGCUGCUGGAGACACUACUGUUAUUGAGAAUAGUGAUGUUUCCCCAGAAAUGGAGUCUUCUGAGAAGGAGACGAUGUCUGUAAGUCUAAAUCAGACUGUCACACAGUUACAGCAGUUGCUUCAGGCAGUAAACCAACAGCUCACAAAGGAGAAGGAACACUACCAGGUAUUAGAGUGAAGUAACUGGGAAACUGUUGAUUCAAGGAUAACAGAAGGCAUUGUAUUAUAUUUUGCCAAAUUAAAGCCUUAUUUAUGUUUUCACCCUUUCUACUUUGUCAGAAACACUGAACAGAGUUUUGUCUUUUCUAAUCCUUGUUAGACUACUGAUUUAAAGAGAGAAAAAAAAGCCAACUCUGUAGACACCUUCAGAGUUUAGUUUUAUAAUAAAAACUGUUUGAAUAAUUAGACCUUUACAUUCCUGAAGAUAAAAUAAACAUGUAAUCUUUUAUCUUAUUUUGCUCAAUAAAAUUGUUCAGAAGAUCAAAGUGGUAAAGACAAUAUAAAAUUUAACAUUUUAAUACUGAUGUACACUGUUUUACUUAACACUUAGGGGAGUAACUGCCUCUGACUUCAAGAAAACACUUUUUUGUUGCUAAUGUAAUCCGUCUUUUGUAAUGGCGUCAGCAAAUAAAGGGAUGCUUAUUAUUCAAA